GUAGCAGGUAAAAGCUAAAUAGAUUACAUUGACAAAGGCCAGUUCUCUAGUGACGAGAUUCACUCAAAACAGUCAGAAUUGUUAGAACGGGAAAGCGGUGGAGUUAUCUUCAAGGAUUGUUGACUCAGUUUGAAAGGAAGGUAGUGCUAAUAUAGGAAGCCAUAGGUGUGGUGAAACACUUGAAGUAGACAGCGUCGGUCGAAUGGGAGGCUGUAGUGUUAUUAAUAGGAGGUUUACUGACGGUUUGAAGUGAAUUCUAGUUUAGCAGUUGCGAUGAGGCAGAUCUUACGAUAGGAGUUUAGUCGGUAAUCGUCAGUCGAACAUCGAACAUCGGUGAUCUAUUAUUUCAGUUUACUAUAGUGAGUUCCACAUUAUAAUUGCAGUUUUAUAAUUAAUAUUGUGUUGAUAACAUUGUCUAUCUUUCGACAAAGCAGUUUACCAGUUAUUCAGUUAAAUAUUAGUUGUUGAUAUUGUUACAACUAACAGUUGACAAAUUAACAGUUAACAAAUUGACAGUUAACAAGCUGACAGUUAACAAACUAACAGUUAACAAACUAGCAGUUGACAAAUUAACAGUUGACAAACUAGGUAACAGUUGACAAACUAAGAAUUGACUAACUAGAAGUUGACAAAUUAACAGUUAACAAACUAACAGUUGACAAACUAACAGUUGACCUAGUAGCAGUUAACAAAUUAACAGUUGACAAACUAGCAGUUGACAAAUUAACAGUUGACAAAAAUCAGGUAACAGUUGACAAACUGAGAAUUGACUAACUAGAAGUUGACAAAUUAAACAGUUAACAAACUAACAGUUGACCUAUUAGCAGUUGACAAACUAACAGUAAUUAGUUAUGGCAGAGGGUGCCAACGACGUACGAGUGGGCGGGGGUGAAGCCGAUCAGGGGGAAUCAGGGGAUUCGAAAAAAAAGCCAACCAGCCCCGCCAAGAAGAAACUGCUCAGAAUGCUUACAGUAAUGGUCUACCUCACAUCGAUAACUUCGGGCGCGUUUAUUCUGGCGCUGUACUACAUAUUCCUGUGGGAGCCGAAACGCAGCAAUCACAAUCAUAGUGUUCACCCACAUCGGUUGAUUCAGGAGGACACGGGACUCGAAUUUGGUGAACACUUCUGUAGAUUGAGGUUUGAUUGAAACAAAUUGUUGGCUUUUGCGACAAAAUGAGUCAAAAAGGCGGAAACGAGGCGGUUGCAGCAUCGGCAGCCAGUGUGCGGUUGGCGGGCGACAACACCAAAGACCGCAUGUACGAGCCGAAGCCCAAUCAGAAAGCGGUCCGUGUUUUGACAGUAAUUGCCUACGUGUUCUCUGUUUCACUGGCGGCCAUAACUCUCUCGCUCUACUAUGUCUUCCUGUGGAAACCGGCUGCUUCGUCCAAGAUUGCCACCUACAACACGUCGGCGUCAGCUAGCUCGUCGGCUGUCGCCAGCAAUUGUGCCCAGUACCACACGGUGUCACAACGUUCAGCCGAGACUCCACGCGUUCUGCCCAUUCAAGAAAGUUUCAUGCCGGAGACCACAACACAACUUCCAUUCAACUUUUCAGGCCAACUCAAUUCAUCAGAUUAUUUCGAUUUCUGAAAGAUGAUUUCUUUGCUUCGGAGGUAAAGAAUGAUCAACCAUGUAUGGACCGAUUCAAUUAUCCAAGUGUUGAUAUAUCGAUAAAUUUAUUAGUUUCUAUUAUAAUAAGUUGAAUAUAAAAAUAUCUAUAUGUGCGUUAUAUCAUAGUCCAAUAUUUAUAUUUUGUAGAUAAUAAACAUUAUUAAAACCAACA